AUGUUUGAUCAAUAUCACUCUGUUUUAGAUGAGUAUGUUAAGUUAGGAUUUAUUGAGGAGGUAAAGUUAGAAGAUAACUCCUUUGAUCCAGUUGGUGGCAUUAAUCAUUAUUUACCUCACCACCCAGUUUUUAAGGAAUCUGCUACGACUCCAUUUAGGAUAGUUUUCAAUGCAAGUAGUAAGGAGUCACACCAUGCAAAGUCCCUCAAUGAUUGUUUAAAUGUGGGACCUAAUCUGGCGACGAAAUUGACAGAUAUGCUGCUGAAAUUUCGUCAGAACAAAUAUGUUGUAGUAGCAGACAUAAGUAAAGCUUUCCUUAGAAUAGGAAUGAAUGAAAAUCACAGAGAUUUCACAAGAUUCUUAUGGUUUGCUGAUAGAGAUUUUAAGCAUGUCAAGAAUUUUAGAUUUAAGGUUUUAUUGUUUGGAGCAACUUGUUCACCUUUUCUGCUGAAUCAGACAAUACAGUAUCAUUUGCAGAACCAUUCAGAUCCCAUUGCCAGUUCAGUCAAGAAGUCCUUUUAUGUGGAAAACUUUAUGAAAACUUAUGAGAAAUGUGAAGAUUUAGAACUCGAGAGUAAUAAGGUAAACCAAAUUAUGUUGGAAGCUAAUAUGCCUUUGGGAGAAUGGGCUAGCAAUUUGAGUUCAUUUAAUGAUAAACAUAGCCCAGAUACUGUCAACUUGAAUGCAGUAAAACUACUCGGUCUCUUGUGGGAUACCUGUAAUGACUCAUUGAGUGUAGAGAUGCCUUCUCAGAUUGUUACAUAUUUGAAUAAUCUAGGAAAUGUUUGUACUUUGACUAAGAGAAAGGUUGUGUCUCUCCUUUCAACCAUCUUUGAUCCUUUGGGAAUAUUAACGCCCGUAACAAUCAAGGGAAAACUAUUUGUGAAGAAAUUGUGGGGACUGAAAACUGACUGGGAUGACGAACUGAUGAUGGAUUUAAAGAAAGAGUUCGAUGAAUUGUUAAACCAACUCAGUUCUAUUGAGGAGAUCAAAGUCCCUAGAUCUUGUUUUAAUGAAGGAACUUGUAGCUUACAUGUAUUUGUUGAUGCCUCUCAUGUGGCUUAUGGAGCCUGUGCGUAUGUUGUUAGCAGUAAGCACACAAGUCACUUGCUAAUUAAUUGUACUGUUUGGAGUGACUCCCAAGUAGCUUUGAGUUGGGUAUUUUAUGAAAGAUCUAAAGAAGUGUUUGUAAUCAACAGAGUAAAGGAAAUCAAGGACUUGAAGUCCAGUCAUAACAUCAGGUUGUUAUAUGUCAAGAGCGAGGAUAAUCCGGCUGAUUUAGUUACACGAGGUAUUUCAAUGUCUCUUUUGAGUAAGUCAGGUUUGUGGUUUCAUGGCCCAAACUGGAUUAUUGACAAAAAUAAGUUUCCAGAACAAGAGGAUGUAGUUUACAUAGAGUCUGUUAAUGUAAAUGAAAUUAUUGUAGAACCAGUUUUGAAAAACCCUGAUGAUGUACUUGUAUUUAAAUGUUCUGAGUUCUCCUCAUUGAAACACGCAUUAAGGAUUAAUACAGCAUCAUGGUUCCUGCAUGUGAACGUCCACUUCAGGGUAGCAGGAAUCACGGACGAGGGAGCCAAGGCCAACAUCAUAACGACACUUCCAGAGGAGGUUUUCACCCACAUCACCCCGUUGUUGGACACACAUAGGUCAGAUAGCGUACAGGGACCUGAAGAAUAA